AUGGCUACAAAGGACGAGGGGACUUCAAAGGAUACAGUAGAGGAUGUGAUAAAGCUACAAGAACAGACAAAUGUGACCGAAACAGCUCUGGCUUUAGUAGAGGAAGUCAUUGCUGCUGCUGUUGAGUGUGUAGAAGGUUCUCAAGAUCCCAUAAAAAAUGUCAGGUGGCUUACUCAUGGUGAAUUCACAGCAGAAAGAUGCCGGAGACAAAUUCAUCAGUAUGUCUCGAGACAGAGUUGGGAGAGUGAAAAACGCUGGGUAUGCUGCACAACUCUGGUUAGGAGAGAUGACAUAGUUCACAGCUUCCGCUACAUCUACUGUGUGCGCUGGAGCGUCCCCACCGCCCUGAAGCCCAUGCCGAGGGUCAGCGCAGCCGCCUUCUUCAUUGUCAAGGUGAACAAAAGAAAACCCCCGGAAAUGCCCAUUGAUGUCAAAUAUUUCCUUGAGGGCCAAGCAUUAGUUCAAAGACCAGGAACAAUUCGCUUCCGAGAACACUGGCUGAGAGAAGUUAUCGAGGCCAAGCAUCUGUUACUGGAAUCACUGCCCAUCUAAUUCAACUGGUCUCAUUUUUACAUGUUUACGGAUUGUGCCUGUAAUCCAAGUACAUUAAAAAAUACAAC